AUGAGGUUUGAUACAAUCAUAUUAGGCAUUGAAGAAUACGGAAGCUUUUCACCAACUUUACAGAUCCUAAGUGGAAAUAAACCUCUUCUUAAGAAUCAGACUCUCACUCCUGAUGAAGAAGUUUUAAUUGAUGUUUCCUUGAAUUUGGGCCUCCCAAAUGCUAGAAUAGUUCUCAACAGAUGCUGGGCAACACCAUCUGAAAACUUGUCAGAUACAACCUCAUAUGAGUUCAUAAAAGACAGCUGCUUAAUCUCCAACACACACACCACCAUGAUACAAAAUGGGAAGUCUUCAAGAGCCCAAGUUCUGAUGAAAGUAUUCUCAUUUGUGAAAGAAAAUGUAGUAUGCCUGCACUGUCAGAUUAUGUUGUGCAUUGAAGAUGUGGGAAAAUCCUGCCAACCGAACUGCGGAUUACGAGCCACAAGGUCGUCUGAAGGUGGAACUAUGAAGUCAAAAAGUUCUGAACCACUUUACAGAGCAGUACAUGAAACUGGAGACCCCCUUUCGGCUACUGAAAGUACAGUUGCCUUCAUUAUCCUGGGUGUGCUGUUGUCUGUGUUCCUUUUGGCAAUGAUUUCAGUUUUCCUCUGCCAGUGCAGAAAACGAAUUGGCCACUACAAUUUCAAUAUGAAACCAGGGGAGAAAAAUUUCAAUUUCCAUGCUUUUGCUGAAUGAAAUUCUGUAUUUUAAUACAACAGUUUUUAUAUUAAUAGUAUGUUGCUAACUUGCACUGAUAAUUUUGUGCUUUCUGUAUAUGUAAAGAUCUUAUAUUUUUAAUGAAAUAUAUUGAGUAAAAUCAGAAGAUAGCUUAUAUAUUCUAUUGUCAAUUAACACUACUGUGGCUUUUUACAAAGAUUAUGUAUUGUAACGGGGCAGACCAGCAUCAUUUAUUCACAUUCUUGGUGCUGAUCCCACUACAUGAGGCUAACUAAGAAUAUUAUAUGAAAUAUUCUACACUUAUUUUUCUUUUCUAGAUAAUUUGAAUUUGGAUGCUGGCUUUUCAACUCUCUAACACAAUGCAGAUUUCCCCAAUUCCGUAUGAAUAAUGUUAGCCUUCAUAAAACAUUUUAAUUUAAAUCUUAUUAUUUUAACACAGUCAAAGGCAACCAGAGAAGAAAGGAGGGUGCAGAAAAGGGAAUGAAUGCAGAGGAUGCCUAGGAGAGAAAGACAGAAGCUGCAAUGGCAAUGAGAACAUGACUUUAUAUGCCAUUAUGGGAAUCAGAGUAGCUUUGGCGAGGGAAAACACAGAGAUGAUAUCAUGUACAGUAUCUCCGGCGUAAACAACCUGAGGUCAACAGAGCUUAUCAGCGGCAGAGACUGAGAUUAGAAAGGGAGAGCCUGCUGAUACUUUAACUGCAUUGGGAGGUGUGGAGAGAUACUGUAAAAUGAGGCAUUACAGUCUAUCUAUCAUAUAGUGUCUUUCAUAUCUAUCUAUCUAUCUAUCUAUCUAUCUA